GUACAAAGCUAAAUGCGUAUUGGCAGUCACCACGUUGCCUUGUCGGCUUUGUGUACGUACCAUUACAAUGUAUGUGGCUUGGCCAGGUCAACACGCCGACAGAGAACGUCCAUUACUUCAUCAAACCCCGGCCAUCGUCGACAGAUCCGUCCACCGCCAAUUUGCCAACAAUCGCGACACUCAGUCAGUAUAAACAGUUCGGCUCUUUGACUAUGGCAAGUAGGAUAGCUCCCAAGCAGGGAGUGCGUACACAAUUCAACAUCAUAUUUUUUUAUUUACAAGAAAUACGGAUUCUGCCGCAUCCAUUUGACGACGAUGUCACGUACAGCUUCCGGAUAUGCAAUUUUAGUCAAGAAUUUCUUUUAACAAAUGCAAUUUACAUCACACAGUUAACUUGUUAUCAACUUGCGUUUUAA